UGCUAAAUUGAUUUAUGUAGUUUUGAACUUUGGUGAGAUAUUUCGUACGUAUAUAUUUUCAAUCCAAGCUUUUGUCCUUUUUGUUAAACUUUUACAAUCCAAGUUACACGCUAGAAAAAUCAACUAACGUGGAUUUCACUUCAGGAUUUGAGUGGCAAUUAGCCAUGCUUUUCUCCAACUCUACAAAAAAAGUAUUCGGGAUUGGAGAAAAGCCGGGCUAAGUGCCAUUCAAAAUUUUAUGUAUUUUAUAACACCAAAGACUUCAAAGACUUCAAAUAAGUAUUUAUAACACCCACCUUGUCUCUUCUUCUCUUAAACCAAAAUAAAAUCUUCUUCAAAGGUAGUCAUGAAUACCAUGUGUUUGCAUUUUCUCGUGCUUCUUUUAUUCUGUAGUGUCUCCUCUACAACUUCCCUCUUCUCUUUCCAAAACCCUGUUGUUGGUCUUGUUGCUUGCCGUCCCCACCAGAUCCAAGCUCUCACUGAGUUCAAGAACGAGUUUGAUACACUCCACUGCGACCACAGUGACCCCUUUAAUGGAGUCUGGUGCGAUAACUCGACCGGUGAGAUCACAAUGCUUCGGCUCAGGGCCUGCCUCAGUGGAACUCUAAAGCCCAACAGUAGCCUCUUCACGCUACAUAACCUUCGUUACCUUAACCUCAGUCAAAACAACUUCAUCUCCUCUUCACUUCCUUAUAAAUUUGGCAAUCUCAACAGGUUAGAGGUCUUAUCUCUUUCCAGUAAUGGCUUCCUCGGCCAAGUUCCUUCCUCAUUUAAUAACCUAAAACUUCUUUCCCUUUUAGACCUUUCCCAAAAUGAGCUCAUAGGUACUUUCCCACUUGUCCCAAAUCUAACAAAUCUCACGGUCUUAAGCCUUUCCUAUAAUCACUUCUCUGGAACUAUAAAUCCCAACAGUAGCCUCUUUAUGUUGCAUCAACUUCGCUACCUUGACCUCAGUCACAACAACUUCAUCUCCUCUUCACAGCUUCCUUUCGAGUUUGGAAACCUCAACAGGUUAGAGUACUUAUGUCUUGCCUUUAACGGCUUCCUCGGCCAAGUUCCUUCCUCACUUAACAACCUAAACCUGCUUACUGGGUUAGACCUUUCCCGAAAUGAGUUCAACGGUAGUUUCCCGCUUGUACGGAAUCUAACCAAGCUUGUCGCCUUAGACCUUUCGUAUAACCGUUUCUCAGGAACUUUGAGUCCCAACACUAGCCUCUUUGAGUUGCACCAUCUCAGCUACCUUAAUCUAGAUUUCAACAUGUUCAGUUCAUCACUCCCUUCCGAAAUUGGAAACCUCAAAAAACUAGAGUUAUUGUCACUUUCUUCAAAUAACUUUUUCGGUCAAGUUCCUCCCACAAUUAGCAACCUGACUUCCUUAACCCAAUUGUACCUUAGCCAAAACAAGCUCACCGGUAACUUUCCACUUGUGCAAAACCUAACCAACCUUUCCUUUUUAAUCCUUUCGGAUAAUCAUUUCUCUGGAACCAUUCCUUCUCCUCUCCUCACUUUCCCUUUCUUGUCAUUUCUUGAAGUGCGUGGAAACGACCUCACUGGCUCUAUUGCUUUCCCCAACUCCUCUUCUUCAUCAAGGCUAGAGAGCUUGCUCCUUGGGAACAACAAUCGUUUCCAAGGAAAAAUCAUAGAGCCUAUCUCAAAGCUCACCAACCUCAACCAGCUUGACCUUUCUUACCUAAACAUAAGCUACCCAAUUGACUUAACCCUCUUCUCCUCCUUCAAAUACUUGUCGUACCUCGCCCUUUCGGGUAAUACUAUAUCUCUCUCCAGUUUAGGCUCAAAUUUAAACAUGAUCCCACCAAACUUGGAGAUCUUGUACUUAUCAAGCUGCGGCAUCCAGGAGUUUCCAAACAUCUUAAAGAUUCUCAAGAACUUGGAGUUUAUAGACUUGUCGACCAAUAGAAUCAAAGGGAAAGUCCCCCAGUGGUUAUGGAACCUUCCUCGUCUCCAUACAGUGGCGCUCUCAAAUAAUUUUCUCAACGGUUUCGCCGGUCCAGCAGAUGUCUCGGUAAAUUCAUCGGUGAAGAUUUUAGACCUGCAGCAAAACUUGUUUGAAGGAACCAUUCCUAUUCUACCACUCUCUGUCAACAUCUUCACUGCACAAGGCAAUAGAUUCACAGGGAGCAUACCUCUCUCAAUAUGCGAUUAUAAGUCUAUCACGCAUUUGUUGCUACCUUACAACAACCUCACGGGUCGUAUUCCCCAAUGCUUGAGCAACGUGACUUUUGUGAAUCUUCGGAAGAACAACUUGGAAGGAAGUAUUCCUGACGUAUAUCUCGGCGGUACAUCGCUUCAGACACUUGACGUUGGAUACAACCGACUAACCGGGAAGCUUCCGAGAUCUCUUGUAAACUGCUCCUCUCUACAGUUUCUAAACGUUGAGAAAAACGGUAUCGAAGACACGUUUCCUUUCUGGCUCAAGGCUUUACCAAACUUGGAAGUUCUUAUAAUUCGUUCAAACAGAUUCUAUGGCCCUAUAUCUCCUCCUGAUCAAGGUCCUCUCGGUUUCCCCGAGCUGCGGAUACUUGAGAUAUCUGAUAAUAAGUUUACCGGAAGCUUGCCGCCGAAUUAUUUCCUGAAUUGGAAAGCAUCAUCGCCAAGGAUGAAUGAAGAUGAGGCUUUGUAUAUGGAAUUCCAUAAAAGUAACUACAGAAGAAAAGAGGACGGAGAAAUAUACACGUUCUUUAUUUUUAUCGACGUUAUAGAUUUGCGUUACAAAGGUCUAACCAUGGAGCAAUCAAGGGUCCUUACUUCUUAUGCCACCAUUGAUUUUUCCGGGAACAGACUCGAAGGACAGAUUCCUGAAUCUAUCGGCGUUUUGAAAGCACUGAUUGCACUCAACUUAUCCAACAACGCCUUCACGGGACAUAUCCCUCUGUCUUUCUCCAAUCUGGGCAAGCUAGAGUCACUAGACUUAUCAAGAAACCAACUCUCGGGGACUAUUCCUAAUGGAAUAGCCAGUCUCUCGUUUUUGGAGUAUAUAGAUGUGUCUCACAAUCAACUCAAAGGUGAAAUACCGCAAGGAACGCAGAUUACGGGGCAGCCUAGAUCCUCCUUUGAAGGGAAUGCAGGGCUUUGUGGUUUUCCUCUGGAGAAAAGUUGCUUUGGGACUGAUGCGCCACCAGCGCAACAACCUAAGGAUGAAGACGAAAAAAAUGAAGAAGUGUUGAGCUGGAAAGCGAUUGCGAUAGGGUAUGGGCUUGGAGUGUUACUUGGACUGACAAUAGCACAAGUCAUUGCUUCAUACAAGCCGGAGUGUCUCAUCAAUAUAAUGUGUCAGAGAAAGCGCAGACACCGGUAGGAUUUUUUUGAGUCUGAAUGUGAUAUUUCCUUGUUUGUCAAGUAGCUUGUGUUAGUGUAUUGAAGUUUUUUCCUUACGUUUGUUUUAUCUUUAUGUGAUACUUUUGUUUAAUUUCUUCUUCUAUCAUUUAAGUGUGGUGAAUUUUAUAUAGUCAUAUUCAUAUG